AUGCAUUUGGAAAUUAAAUCGGAACCCACUGAAGAGCCAAAACCCAAGACCAAAAGGCUAAAGAGUCUGUCUGAGGAUGCUCAGACCCUACAGCUGGGCUGGAAUGGGCUUCUGGUGUUGAAAAACAGUUGCUUCCCCACUUGUAUGCACAUUUUAGAUGGGGACCUGGGAGUGAUCAGUAGUCUCCUCAAAGACCAUGCUUCAGGGAGCAAGCUGACACAGCUCAAGAUUACCCAAAGACUUCAACUUGACCAGCCCAAACUGGAGGAGGUCAAGCAGAGAAUCAAGCAGGGAAGCCCCGAUGGUUAUGUGGUGCUUCUGGCCACUCAAGCUUCUCCAGGAGGGCCUGGAGCAGAGGGGACCCACACUGUGGAGCCAGGUUUGCAGCGGAGGCUUCUCAGGAAUCUGGUGUUAUACUUGAAACAGAAGCAGGCUGCUGGGGUGAUCAGCUUGCCAGUGGGAGGGACCAAGGGCAGAGACAACACAGGCAUGCUCCAUGCCUUCCCUCCCUGUGAAUUCUCCCAGCAGUACCUCCAGUCUGCUCUAAGGACACUGGGGAAGUUAGAAGAAGAGCAUAUGGUGAUAGCUAUAGUAAGAGACACUGCCUAG